AUGGGAGAAAGUCGCAACCCAGGCAGACCUGACAGACCAGAUACAGAAGAUGUUGAGUCCCCUAGUACCAGGGGAGUAGAACCUGUUAAGAAAGUCAGCAAACCAGGCAGACCUGAUAGACCAGAUACUGAAGAUCUUGAAUCCCCUAGUACCAGGGGAGUAGAGCCUGGUAGGAAAGUCAGCAAACCAGGCAGACCUGAUAGACCAGAUACAGAAGAUCUUGAGUCCCCUAGUACCAGGGGAAUAGAACCUGUUAGGAAAGUCAGCAAACCAGGCAGAUCCGAUAGACCAGAUACAGAAGAUGUUGAGUCCCCUAGUACCAGGGGAGUAGAACCAGUUAGGAAAGUAAGCAAACCAGGCAGACCUGAUAGACCAGAUACAGAAGAUCUUGAGUCACCUAGUACCAGGGGAGUAGAACCUGUUAGGAAAGUCAGCAAACCAGGCAGACCUGAUAGACCAGAUACUGAAGAUCUUGAGUCACCUAGUACCAGGGGAGUAGAACCAGUUAGGAAAGUCAGCAAACCAGGCAGACCUGAUAGACCAGAUACAGAAGAUCUUGAGUCCCCUAGUACCAGGGGAGUAGAACCAGUUAGGAAAGUAAGCAAACCAGGCAGACCUGAUAGACCAGAUACAGAAGAUGUUGAGUCCCCUAGUACCAGGGGAGUAGAACCAGUUAGGAAAGUCAGCAAACCAGGCAGACCUGAUAGACCAGAUACAGAAGAUGUUGAGUCCCCUAGUACCAGGGGAGUAGAACCUGUUAGGAAAGUCAGCAAACCAGGCAGACCUGAUAGACCAGAUACAGAAGAUGUUGAGUCCCCUAGUACCAGGGGAGUAGAACCAGUUAGGAAAGUAAGCAAACCAGGCAGACCUGAUAGACCAGAUACAGAAGAUCUUGAGUCCCCUAGUACCAGGGGAGUAGAACCUGUUAGGAAAGUCAGCAAACCAGGCAGACCUGAUAGACCAGAUACAGAAGAUCUUGAGUCACCUAGUACCAGGGGAGUAGAGCCUGGUAGGAAACUCAGCAAACCAGGCAGACCUGAUAGACCAGAUACAGAAGAUGCUGAGUGCCCUAGUACCAGGGGAGUAGAACCAGUUAGGAAAGUCAGCAAACCAGGCAGACCUGAUAGACCAGAUACAGAAAAUCUUGAGUCCCCUAGUACCAGGUGA